UUGUAAGAUGAUAAAAGGGAGGUUUGGAUAUUAUGCUUGUGUUACCGGCCUUGUUCAUACAAAACAGCUUACAAUUAAUUUGUAGCUGCUCAAAAUGAAAAACACCUUUACAUGUAAGCCAGACUUAUAACGAAAGCUGUAGUUCGUCAUCAAUCAUCAGCGAAUCAACAAAUUUAAAAGUCUUCUUUCUAUUUCACUCUUUCUCUAUUUUUAUUUUCUCUAUUUCAUUUCUUCUUCUUCUUCUUCUUUUUUUAUUUUUUAUUUUUUUUUUUUACAAUCAUAAAUAAAUCUAAGGGCAACAAUUAAGGAACGGAAAAUCGUAAAAACUUGCAUCACUAUCACUCGAAGGGUUUUCAAGGCGCGUACAAAUAAAAUGGCAAACUUAUUUUUGCUCUACAUUUUAGACCUGAGUACAUUAUGCAUAAAUCGCAACACUCGUUGCGGCUUCCCAUAACAAGCCAUUUCACUUGCAUAAAUUAAGUUUCAUUUCCCGCAUAGCAUCUCAUAGUCAUUUUAUUGACAACGUUUGUCUAUUCUGCUGUCUAUGUAGACUAAAUAUCACCCUCAAAGCAUUUUUUUAAAAAGCAAAUAAAAUAUUGAACUCCGUUUACCCAACUGAAAUCCUCACAUCUAUUGCAUCAGAAGGAACUAGCCACUUACGAACAAAACAAUUAUGUGAGCAUAUACUUAAUAAUGAUUGGUUGUAAAAACUCGUGACGUCAGAUAAGUACCCCAUUCGACUGCAACGUGAUUAAACUUGAAUGUAAAUAAAGUGUAGCGUGAAACUACCGAGGAAAACCACAAUGUGAUCGUUUUUUCAGUGAGCUACAGGUCCGUAAGUUUAAAAUCAGCAAACUAAUAGAGAAAUUGAUAUUCUGUCGAAAAAAUGAAAGUAGAAGAUGUGUCUUCCUUAGCCGAUUCGCUACAACUUGAAGAAUCAAAUAAUGUAUGGGUUUUCGGGUAUGGCUCUCUAACUUGGAAUCCUGAUUUCCCGUACGAAGAACAACACGUUGGAUGGGUCCAAGGUUUUGUGAGAAGAUUUUGGCAAGGCAGUACAUGGCACCGCGGAAACGAAGAAAAGCCUGGAAGGGUCGUCACCCUGGUCGAAGAAAACGAGGGUAAAGUCUGGGGAGUUGCAUUCAAAUUGCCAAGAGACCACAUCAAGAAUGCUUUCAGAAAGCUCUUCCAACGAGAAGUCAAGCAUGGUGGCUACGAACUUCACGUGAAGCCAUUCCACGCACAUGAAAAUUCAAAAAAGAACGAAAACAUUUCUGUGUUUUUAUACAUCGCUACUUCAGCAAAUCCUCUCUUCAUUGGACACGAACCCACUGAGACACUAGCCCAACAAAUCGCUCGUGCUCGUGGUAGAUGUGGCCUAAACGUAGAAUAUCUCUUUCGGCUUACGGACUUUAUGAGAGAACAAGUCCCCGAUGCUGAGGACGAGGAUGAGCACUUGUUCCAUGUUGACUUUUUGGUAAGAAAAGAACUUGGGUUACCUGUGGCCGAAAGAUCUUCUUGGACUGAACUUGUGGAUCAAAUAACAGAGCAUCCUCUUAUAAUGUCCCAAUAGAUAUAUGUCAGUAAUAUAUUAUCUGCUAUGAAUGAAUUUCGCCAAUAAGGCCAUAAAGAUUUAAAAUCAGAUCAAAAAACUUCAAGAAUUAUUUUAGAUCGACUUCGAUUGAAUUUGACAAAUUACGAUGUCAUACAAUGUUGUCAAAAAAAUUUUUUUUUAAUUUUUCUUUUGCUAGCGGAUAAUUAAUAAGAUAGAUAAUAGUAAUGAUAAUUAUUCAGAUUGGAUAUGUCUUGAAUUUAGAAAUAAGUUCUGUAGGCCGAGGAGGGGAGUUGAGGGGCUGUGUUCAUGGAAAGCCAUAACACAGUAUUAUAUAAUUAUCCAUAAAAUACCUAUAUUUCUCCUUUUCGAAAAACUGAUAUUUUCACAUGUGAAAAUAUCUUUACCAUGUGUAUUUAAGCUAUUAGUUUAU